AUGCCUGUUCGCAGGGGGCAUGUGGCACCACAAAACACGUUUUUGGGGACCAUCAUACGGAAAUUUGAAGGGCAAAAUAAAAAAUUUAUCAUUGCAAAUGCCAGAGUGCAGAACUGUGCCAUCAUCUACUGCAAUGAUGGAUUCUGUGAGAUGACUGGUUUCUCCAGGCCAGACGUCAUGCAAAAGCCGUGCACCUGCGACUUUCUCCAUGGGCCUGAGACCAAGAGGCAUGAUAUUGCCCAAAUUGCCCAGGCAUUGCUGGGGUCAGAGGAAAGGAAAGUGGAAGUCACCUACUAUCACAAAAAUGGGUCUACUUUCAUUUGUAACACCCACAUAAUUCCAGUGAAAAACCAAGAGGGUGUGGCUAUGAUGUUCAUCAUUAAUUUUGAGUACGUGACGGACGAGGAAAACGCUGCCUCCCCAGAGAGGGUAAACCCAAUAUUACCAGUCAAAAGUGUAAACCGGAAACUUUUUGGGUUCAAGUUCCCUGGUCUGAGAGUUCUCUCUUACAGAAAGCAGUCCUUACCACAAGAAGACCCUGACGUUGUCAUAAUUGAUUCAUCUAAGCACAGUGAUGAUUCAGUGGCCAUGAAGCACUUUAAGUCUCCUACAAAAGAAAGCUGCAGUCCUUCUGAAGCAGAUGAUACGAAAGCCUUGAUACAACCCAGCAAGUGCUCUCCCCUGGUGAACAUAUCUGGACCUCUUGACCAUUCCUCACCUAAAAGACAAUGGGACCGACUCUACCCUGACAUGCUGCAAUCAAGUUCCCAGCUCACCCAUUCCAGAUCCCGGGAAAGCCUCUGUAGCAUGCGAAGGGCCUCUUCAGUCCAUGACAUAGAGGGAUUCAGUGUCCACCCCAAAAGCAUAUUUAGAGACCGACAUGCCAGUGAAGACAAUGGUCGCAAUGUCAAAGGGCCUUUUAAUCAUAUCAAGUCAAGCCUCCUGGGUUCCACAUCGGAUUCAAACCUCAACAAAUACAGCACCAUUAACAAGAUUCCACAGCUUACUCUGAAUUUUUCAGAUGUCAAAACUGAAAAAAAGAAUACAUCACCUCCUUCUUCAGAUAAAACUAUUAUUGCACCCAAAGUUAAAGAACGAACCCACAAUGUGACAGAGAAAGUUACUCAGGUUCUUUCUUUGGGAGCAGAUGUCCUGCCAGAAUAUAAACUACAGACACCACGCAUCAAUAAAUUUACAAUAUUGCACUACAGCCCCUUCAAGGCAGUCUGGGACUGGCUUAUUCUGCUACUGGUCAUAUAUACUGCAAUAUUCACGCCCUACUCCGCAGCCUUUCUCCUCAAUGACAGAGAAGAACAGAAAAGACGAGAAUGUGGCUAUUCUUGUAGUCCUUUGAAUGUAGUAGACUUGAUUGUGGAUAUUAUGUUUAUCAUAGAUAUUCUAAUAAACUUCAGAACAACAUAUGUAAAUCAGAAUGAAGAAGUGGUAAGUGACCCUGCCAAAAUAGCAAUACACUACUUCAAAGGCUGGUUCCUGAUUGACAUGGUUGCAGCUAUCCCUUUUGACUUGCUGAUUUUUGGAUCAGGUUCUGAUGAGACAACCACAUUAAUUGGUCUUUUGAAGACUGCUCGGCUCCUCCGUCUUGUGCGCGUGGCCAGGAAGCUGGAUCGAUACUCAGAAUACGGUGCUGCUGUUCUCAUGCUCUUAAUGUGCAUAUUUGCUCUCAUUGCGCACUGGCUGGCUUGCAUCUGGUAUGCAAUUGGGAAUGUAGAAAGGCCAUACCUGACAGACAAAAUUGGAUGGUUGGAUUCCUUAGGACAACAAAUUGGGAAGCGUUACAAUGACAGUGACUCCAGUUCUGGACCAUCCAUUAAAGACAAAUACGUCACCGCACUUUAUUUUACCUUCAGCAGUUUAACCAGUGUAGGAUUUGGAAAUGUGUCUCCUAACACCAAUUCGGAGAAAAUCUUUUCAAUUUGUGUCAUGUUGAUUGGCUCACUAAUGUAUGCAAGCAUUUUUGGGAAUGUUUCUGCAAUUAUCCAAAGACUGUACUCGGGAACUGCCAGGUACCACAUGCAGAUGCUGAGAGUCAAAGAGUUCAUUCGCUUUCACCAAAUCCCCAACCCUCUGCGGCAACGGCUUGAAGAAUACUUCCAGCAUGCAUGGACGUACACUAAUGGCAUUGACAUGAACAUGGUACUAAAGGGUUUUCCAGAAUGCUUACAAGCUGACAUUUGUCUACAUCUCAACCAAACCCUGCUGCAAAACUGCAAAGCUUUUCGUGGUGCAAGUAAAGGCUGCCUUCGAGCUCUGGCAAUGAAGUUCAAGACCACUCAUGCACCUCCAGGAGACACCCUCGUUCACUGUGGUGAUGUCCUGACAGCACUCUACUUCUUAUCCCGAGGCUCCAUCGAAAUCCUCAAAGAUGAUAUUGUGGUAGCUAUUCUGGGAAAAAAUGACAUAUUUGGAGAAAUGGUUCACCUCUAUGCCAAACCUGGCAAGUCUAAUGCAGACGUAAGAGCACUCACCUACUGUGACUUGCAUAAGAUUCAGCGAGAAGACUUGCUAGAGGUGUUGGAUAUGUAUCCAGAGUUUUCAGAUCACUUUCUAACAAAUCUCGAGUUGACUUUCAACCUAAGGCAUGAGAGUGCAAAGGCUGAUCUCUUCCUAUAAUCACAGUCCAUGAAUGAUUCUGAAGGAGAAAACUGUAAGCUCCGGAGGCGAAGACUGUCCUUUGAAAGUGAAGGAGACAAAGAUUUUGGCAAAGAAAACAGUACAAAUGAUCCUGAAGAUUCUGCAGACACCAUAAGACAUUAUCAGAGUUCCAAGAAACACUUUGAAGAGAAAAAGAGUAGAUCGUCCUCUUUCAUCUCCUCCAUUGAUGAUGAGCAAAAGCCGCUCUUCUCAGGAACAAUAGAUUCUACUCCAAGAUUAGGGAAAGCAACUGGGCUUCAUUUUGAAGAAACAAUGCCUGCCCCGGGAAGAAUGCGCACGGAUAAAAGGAGUCACUCUUGCAGAGAUAUCACUGAUAUGCAGAGUUGGGAAGAGCACGCCAGAGCCCAGCCUGAAGAAUGCAGUCCACCCGCGCUUCAGCGACCUGCCUGGGGGACUUCAGAAACCGAGAGCGACUUCACUUACGGGGAGGUGGAGCAAAGACUGGAUUUGCUCCAAGAACAGCUUAACAGACUUGAAUCCCAGGUGACAGCAGACAUCCAGACCAUUCUACAGCUGCUGCAGAAACAAACCCCGGUGGUCCCCCCAGCCUACAGCAUGGUAACUGCAGGAGCAGAGUAUCAGAGACCCCUCCUCCGUCUGAUGAGAACCAGUCAUCCCGCAGCCUCCAUUAAGACAGACCGGAGCUUCAGCCCCUCCUCCCAAUGCCCUGAAUUUCUAGACCUUGAGAAAUCUAAACUGAAAUCCAAAGAAUCCCUCUCAAGUGGGGUACACCUGAACACAGCUUCAGAAGACAACUUGACUUCACUUUUAAAACAAGACAGUGAUGUCUCUUUAGAGCUUCACCUGCGACAAAGAAAAACUUACUUUCAUCCGAUUAGGCAUCCCUCCUUGCCAGAUUCCUCCCUGAGUACCACAGGAAUCUUGAGUCUUCAUAGGCAUGUUUCUGAUCCUGGUCUUCCAGGGAAAUAA